AUGCAAUCUAACGAACUAGAUUUCUUUGAAAAAAAUGAUAUGCUUUUCCUAAGUACUAUUGCAAAAGGUGGGUAUGGAGUUGUGUACUAUAUACAUUCAAAACAAUAUGACUACAAUUUCGCAUUAAAAAAAAUCCCCGAAGAUAUGUUUAAUGAAUCAGAGUUUGAAUGCCUGAAAUCGAUAGAUGACCCACAUAUUGUUAGACUUUAUAAAAUUUUCAGGUAUGAUCAGCAUGUAUAUAUGAUGAUGGAAUUUUGCAGCAGCGAUUUAAAUAGAUUAAUAACAAAAACCGAAAAAAUAUCUCCAGGAGCAUUAAAAUCCUAUAUCCAUGAAGUUAUUUUAGCAGUUAAAGCAUGUCACGAUAGGAAUGUAGCUCAUUCAGACAUAAAGCCAAGCAAUUUUCUUAUUGAUGAGCAUGGAAGAGUCAAAAUAUGCGAUUUUGGUCUUUCACACAUGUAUAAAGAAAGGCCAACUAGUUUAAAUUGGAACGGAACUCGUCUUUACAUGGCACCUGAGAUUAUUAGUCAUAAAAAAUUUAACCCAAUUAUUGCAGACAUAUGGGCUCUAGGCGUUACAAUUUAUUUUAUGGCAACAAAAACUUAUCCAUUUUUAUCUACCGACAUUCAACAACUAAUUAAAAAGAUCAAUUGUUCUUUUUAUGAUGAUUCGAAAAUAGAUGAUCCUCAACUUAAAGAUCUCAUAUCAUUAUGUUUACAAAAAGAUAUUACUAAGAGAGCAACUGUGGACGAACUUCUUAAUCAUAAAUUUUUCUUAAAUAGCAAUACUGUUGAUCAUGGAUGCACUUUCACUUCAAGAAGCCAUUCAGUAAUUAAUUCCAAAAAUUUUAUCUUCAAACCCACUAAGGAUAAAAGAAGGCACAUGUACUCUGAUCAAUUUGUAUGCAGAAAUAGUAGCGGGGUUCAUAUUUCCGAAUUCUACUCAAAAAACCACUCUACUGAAACUUUUGCACCUGCACUGUUGUAG